AUGCUAGACGACGCUUGGACAUAUACCCCGGAGGAUGCAUUGGCUUACUAUGGGACUUCAGCGGAGAAGGGUUUAUCAGACGAGCAAGUAGAACGGAAUAGACAAUUGUAUGGAGAGAACACUCUACCCGAGACAGCACCCACCUCACUCUUCACACUCAUCCUAGCCCAGUUCAAAGAUCAACUCGUCCUUAUUCUUCUCGGUUCAGCUGUAGUCUCUUUCGUCUUGGCCAUAUUCGAAGAUUCCUCCGAACCUGGCGGAUCAUGGUUGACAGCUUUUGUGGAACCUUUGGUCAUCCUGUUGAUCCUGGUGGCCAACGCUACGGUAGGAGUAGUACAAGAAACCAAUGCAGAGAAGGCUAUCGACGCAUUGCGAGAAUAUUCUCCCGACGAAGCGGUUGUCCUUCGUAAUGGACAAAUGAGCCGUGUCCCCGCUUCCGCUUUGGUGCCAGGUGAUAUCAUCUCCAUUCAUGUUGGCGAUCGUAUACCUGCAGACUGUCGAAUUCUGUCUUUCUCCUCGUCUUCCUUCCGACUGGAUCAAGCUAUGCUCACUGGAGAAUCCAUGUCGGUACCUAAAACAGAACGAGCCAUCUCCGACACAUCUGCUGUGAAACAAGACAUGCUCAAUAUGCUGUUCUCCGGAACCACCGUCGUCAACGGGGCUGCACGUGCAGUCGUAGUUUUGACUGGCUCUCGUACGGCUCUGGGUGCCAUACACUCUUCCAUCUCGGCCAAAGACGAAGAGGAAGAAAAGACGCCGUUGAAGAAAAAACUCGAUGAUUUUGGUGAACAAUUGGCUAUCGUCAUCUCGGUAAUCUGUGUCUUGGUCUGGCUCGUCAACAUACGACAUUUCUCCGAUCCAAGUCAUCAUGGAUGGCUCAAAGGUGCUAUAUACUACCUCAAAAUAGCUGUAGCUCUGGCGGUCGCUGCUAUCCCCGAGGGACUCGCUGCGGUGAUCACUGCUUGUUUAGCACUGGGAACGAAAAAGAUGGCUAAACGAGGAGCUAUCGUCAGGAACCUCCCUUCAGUCGAGACACUCGGUUGUACCAACGUCAUUUGUUCCGACAAAACCGGCACUUUGACCACCAACCAAAUGUCGGUCGCUAGAUUCCUCACCAUCUCAGACAAGUCGGACCUAGCGGAAUAUAUGGUGAAAGGAACGACUUUCUCUCCACAUGGGGAAGUCACGACGUUGGACGGUCAACAUGCCGAAAAGUCGACUGUCCGUACCACUCCUGUUGAUCGAAUGAUCGAGAUCUGCGCCGUUUGUAAUGAUGCCAAAGUCGCUUUCAACACUGAAACGGAAUCGUACGCCAACGUUGGAGAACCUACAGAAGCUGCAUUGAAGGUGCUGGUAGAGAAAUUGGGGUCGGAUUCUGAUGCCUUCAACUCCACCCUCUCUUCCCUUCCACCACAAGGUAGAGCGACUGCAGUGAACGAUUAUUACGACUCUAAGAUCCGAAGACUGUUGACAUUCGAAUUCACUCGAGACCGCAAAUCCAUGUCUGUUCUCACCUCCGACACUCGAACCGGUCGUGUUUCACUCCUCGUCAAAGGUGCUCCUGAAUCGGUCAUCGACCGAUGCUCUCGCGUACUCUUACCUACUGGAGUGCAACCUCUUCGUCCCGCUCUUCGAAGCAAGCUUGCCGAAGCGCAAUUACAAUAUGGUCAAAGAGGACUUCGAACUUUGGCUCUGGCUUAUGUGGACGAACAAGACGGUGAAGUGUCACAUUACAAAACCGACAGUUCGGAAGAUUACGUCAAAUUCGAAAAAGAUUUAAUCUUUGUGGGUUUAGUAGGAAUGCUCGAUCCACCAAGACCAGAAGUGAAAGAAGCCAUUUCGAAAUGUCGUACAGCCGGUAUACGAACUAUAGUCAUUACUGGAGAUAACAAAAACACCGCUGAAACUAUAUGUCGCGAGAUUGGUAUCUUCACUCCAAAUGAAGAUCUCACAGGGAAAUCUUACACUGGAAGAGAACUCGAUGCUCUAUCACAUGAAGAGAAAUUGAUAGCUGUUCAAACUGCCAGUUUAUUCAGUCGGACAGAACCAAAUCAUAAAUCUCAACUGGUAGAUUUAUUGCAAUCUUUAGGAUUGGUUGUUGCUAUGACUGGAGAUGGAGUUAAUGAUGCUCCCGCGUUGAAAAAAGCAGAUAUCGGAAUAGCAAUGGGAUCAGGAACAGACGUCGCGAAAUUAGCUGCGGACAUGGUACUUGCCAAUGAUAAUUUCGCCACUAUCGAAAAAGCAGUAGAAGAAGGAAGGGCGAUUUAUAACAAUACCAAACAAUUUAUAAGAUAUUUAAUUUCUUCAAAUAUAGGAGAAGUCGUUUCUAUAUUUUUAACGGUUUUAUUAGGUAUGCCAGAAGCUCUCAUACCUGUUCAACUUUUAUGGGUGAAUUUGAUAACGGAUGGAUUGCCAGCGACUGCUUUAGGUUUCAAUCCACCUGAUCAUCAAAUCAUGAAGACUCCACCGAGGGAUGCUAGGGAGAGAUUAGUUGGGGGUUGGUUGUUUUUCAGGUAUAUGGUUAUUGGGAUUUAUGUUGGUAUAGCAACUGUUGCUGGAUAUGCUUGGUGGUUUAUGUUUUAUGAAGAUGGACCGAAAAUAAGUUGGUAUCAAUUGACUCAUUUCCAUCAAUGUUCCCCAUCAACAGGAAUAGAUUGUUCAAUAUUCUCAUCCCUCCCUUCAAAACAAGCAACAACAAUGUCACUAUCAAUCCUCGUAGUCAUCGAAAUGUUCAACGCUUGUAAUUCUUUAUCAGAAAACGAAUCUUUGUUAGUGUUACCAAUAUGGACAAAUCCAUACUUGGUAGCUAGUAUAAUCCUAAGUAUGGGAUUACAUUUCAUGAUACUUUACGUACCGUUUUUCUCUACUUUAUUCCAGAUCACCCCUUUAGGAUGGACUGAAUGGAUGGCCGUUUUGUCUUUUUCUAUACCGGUGAUUGUCAUAGAUGAAGUUUUGAAAUUGAUUUCUACUUUAUGUUUUACUCCUGUCAAUAAGACAUUUAGGAAAGUGGUAGAUGAGAAGAUGAAUGAAGGGAGAGAAAAGAUUGACGGGUUGAAGAAGAUGAUUUAA